AUGUCUUCACCAACAUUUCAUCGUUUCGCAGACCUCCCCGAAGAAAUUCGACUCCGAAUUUGGCAGGUCGUGGCCGAAUGCAUCUUAGAAUCUCGUCGUGCCAUCGUCUCCGACGCAACGUGGCAGUUCCCUAGAAACCUUGGGGUUCUCGAGGUCAACAGGGAAGCUCGCCGAGAAGUCCUGUUCCGAACUGGCCUGACAAGUUUCCGUCGGCCUCUGAACCCGGGCAGAUUUUUCAUGCGAAUUCCUCUUCGUCCCGCACACGAUUGGUCUAGUAUGGAGCGCGAUGUUUUCGUCAUUGACGAAGACGAAGACAUCCAUAUUGCACAGGGGUUCAGUCGGAAUUGGAAUAUCAUAAAUGCCAUCCAAACUGUCGCGAUUGGAGAAAGAAACUUUUUUUCGCAAGCCUACACUCCGAGUUCCCGAAAAAUGGUAUGGGAAAUUUUGAUGGAACAGUACAAAGGGCUGAAAACCCUGGUAUUCCUUCGGGAUGAUCCGGUUCAAGAACCAACAAGCUAUCGACAACUCAUCCAUCGCCCUCAGGUUUACUCACACGUUGAUUUCAGAAUCACCAUUGAUCCUAAUCCAGUUCCACAGCUGUAUUUGGAUCAAUUUGGACUUACUGUCCAGUUUUUUUAG